AUGACCGCCAUAUUCAAUUUUCAAAGUUUGUUGUCGGUGCUCUUGUUGACUGUCUGUACUUGUACCUACAUUCACAGACAAUUUCCCGCUUUAUUUGAUAAAAGAAAAGAAGGUGUAACUACCGUAUUUUGGAAAUGCGCGAGAAUCGGUGAGCGUGCUAGUCCCUAUAUUUCUCUUUUCUGUGUUUUCAUGGCCCUACGAUUAAUGCUUGGUUCCAGUUAA